UAGCAAAAACGUCACGUUUAACCCCUGUCCGGUACCAAAAUGCCUGCCGGAGGAACGGCUAACAGUUCCAAUCCUUCGGGAAGAACGACCUUUAGACCGCCAUGGGUGAAAAACGAACCCGAAGCCGCUCCUUUCAACCAGAUGAACCUGAAAAGCACGCCCAGGAAACGAGAAACCACCCCCGUAGACCCAGCAGAAAGUAACCCCAUAGCUAAAGUACAACUAAGGAAGGUCCAUAGAGAUUCAGACGAUGAUGAUGAUAUUGACCUCGAAGAACUCUUAUUAGAAGAAAAAGACACUGUAUUAGAACCAGUUCAAUUGAGAAAGGUGAAAAAACCAGAAAGGGAGAGUUUCAGAAAAGAAAAAGAAAACAAUCCUUUAGCUGGUGUUAAAUUAAGAAAGACUUCGGUACAAACGAAAGAACCACAACAAAAUGGAGAAGAAAAAGAUAGUUUCUUCGUUAAACCACAACUUAAGCCAGUGCCACAGAAAGAAAAAACCCCACCUAAAAAGGAUCACAAAAUACACGACCUACCAAAAUUGACGAGUGUGACUGAAAGAAAACUACCUGAGAGGAAGUCAUCGUUACUGAGGAGGGAAAGCUCAGAUGAAGUUGAAAUUGACAGAGAGGACAGGAAUUUGAUGAAGGUAUGUAGGUUUUUCAGUUACUUUCUCAAGAGAUAGUUAACAUUCCUUAUC